AUGUUCGAAUCAGUGAGUCGAGCCGCGAUCAGAGUGGCGAAGAAAAGAGUUUAUUGGCAGAAUCAGCUAGCAACCGCGGACUUCAUCUCACUCGACUUUGGCUCUUCGACACGCAGACAACGGGGUUUGAGGAGUGUGGGGAGUGUGGAGAGUGUGGGGAGUGUGGGGUGGGGAAAUGUCGAGCCGAGAGUCGGUUGUCAAUGCCCCCAAAACGCUAAUUCCAGCUUCCUCCGUGGAGCGCUGUUUUGUUUCGCCUUCUCGUCCGCUCCAUGCGGCCAGCAAGAAUGGCUUUGUCCGUUCGGGCCACCUUGCCCUCCGCCUCGGCUCCAUUAUGCUCUGACAAUUGGCGUAGUCUCGUCGGCUCAUUAUCCGGUGGCAUCCGACGCGGCGGAACCACCCUCUUCUGGCCUCGUUCUGGCCGUCUCCACCCUCGUUUACUGUACCACAUUGUCGGUGAGUAGUCGGUUCACACAAAGUGAAAAUGUUAACAUGACAUUUCGAAUGGAGUCGCCAUAUUUUGUGUCUCUUGCAACAACUGCAUCGGCUCAAUCCGAUGGACGAACAAAGGCACCUUCCCUCUUGAACAGGACGCCCGCAGCUGAUGGCCGAAUGCAUUGUUCAGCCGCCGUCACGCACAGCCUCGCAGAACGCGCCUUGACGUGGAAUUCAUCAUUAGUCUGGCCUGCUCAACGAGCCCAUCGGGCCGUGGACUCUGACAAAAGUUCGGACGUUAAGAUCGGGCGAGUCAAGUUGAUACAGCUGGCCAAAAGAUCCGACUAA